GUUUACGAAUUACUUUUCUAGAGUCUACAGUCUAGCCACAUUCAAGGAUCAGAAAAGUUUGUCUUGCCAUAAAAUUCAUUCCAGUAGACUUAUUUGUAUUUUCUAUAUUUGAUUAAAAUGAGCAUAUUCGUAGCAGACGUAGACGUAGAUGACUUGUUUGUGUACCAGUAUCCCUUGCUGCCGCCGCCGCUUAUCAAAUACGAUUUCAUCUACCAGCUGGCCUGCACGCGAUCCCAGGAAGUGAGCCUGCCACUAGUGGUGGAGGUGGAACCCUCAACCAAGCCCAGUCGGCUUAGCAUUCCGGAUCGCGCGAAGAAACCUCCGACUCGGCUCACAUACCACACACCCUACUCCGCUAGCUCCACUGAAACGGAGGUAGAACCGGAACCGGAAGAGGAGAAGUACCGCUGGAACUCGCCCCGCCUGAUGAUCCUCUGCGAGGAUGGAGAUAUCAACUGUGCCCUAUACUACCUCUUGGAGUCCCUGCACGAUCCUUUUGCCGCCAACUCGGUGGCCGUGCUCUUCCUGCAGGAAUCUUUACUAAGUGAGUUCAUUGACCGUCUGAAGGACCGCUUGGAGCCUUUAAACCCCCUGAUCGCAAGCCAUCCGGCUUUUAUUCGCACGCUGGAGCGACUGAAGGAGGUGCAGGCCAAGGUAAUAGUGGGGAAUCCCGAGACGGUCCCCGAAGAUGCCAGUCCCAGGUUCGUCUUUGAUUUGAACCAACGAUUCUUGAGCGAUGGACCCACUGGAGUGAUCACCCUGCAUACCUUUCGGACCAUGAAGGAGGCCAUCUCGCUCAUGGCCACGGAGCAGGUGCCCUUCACGUCGGUCAGUAUCUGGAACGAGAAGCUGGGAGCUGCCUACGAGCUGGUGGCCCGCAUGAAGCCCCAGAUAUUUUUGCUGAACUGCUUUUACGUAAACCUGGAUCCGAUUGGGCUGGCCUUUGCCUGCAGCGUGAACUCCUGCAAGAUCACGGAUGGCUACCACUAUGAGUCCGUGACCUUCAAGGAGAAUAGGAAGGUGGUCGUCCACCCCAUCGCAACUAUCUGGGGAAAACAGGACGCAACUCGCAACUACUGACCUGACCCCCAACCAUAUUUGCAAUUCAAAGCUUCAUCGCGCUGCCAAUUCAAAUUAUUAGUCAAUGAUCUGGGUGCCUGCUAAUUGAGUUUUCGCAGAGGCAACUUAAUUGCCAAAAUUAGACGGCCCAUCCCCCGGAGUCUUGGCCCAUAAUUUUCUGGGGAAACUCGAGGACCUCUCUCCCAGCGAAUAAUCAAUGGAAAUUGUGGGCGCCGUUCUGUGUCGCUUUGUAUUCUGAAAUUAAAAAUUCCUUUGGCGAAGUAA